GCGAGAACGUGAAAAUGACGCAACUACGUUGAAUUUUAAGGACAAAAGGAGUAUGGAAAAACUCAACGAACUCUGGGUCAGCCUGUGAAUUUUGAGUUAACUUACUCCGAGUGGAGAAACCCGGAGCUCUUCGGUAUCAGAACCGCUGAUUUCCAUGAGUUCAGUGGACUCGGAGUUGGCUCACCUAGAAGCAAGCGCAUGCGCCAGCGCCAUUCAAAGCCUUCAUGCGGAUGCUUUCAGUGAACACACCAACAGCUCCAAAAAAAAGAGGUCGCCGCUAGAGCAGAGGGUCCUCCUUCAGGCUUAUGAAGAGCAGGCUCACAUAUUUGGUAAAAAGAGCAACAAGGCGGCCGCAGCUAAAGCGAGACAGGCUGCAUGGAAGAGCAUUGCUGCCCGAGUCAAUGCGUGUAACUCAGGGGAAAGGCGGACUUGGAUGCAACUGAAAAUGAAAUAUAAAAAUAUUAUUCAGAAAGCUAACAGAAAACGGGCUGCGGCCCGAAAAAUCGACAGUGAGCUACUAAUCCCGCCCCUGACGGAGGUGGAGGGGCUGGCCACCACCCAAAGCUCCCCCAGACCUGUUUCCGAAGGCAUCUCUGCAGACAGCUCACCUGAACCGGGGGCCAACCAAGACACAGUUACAGAUGGUGUUUACGUUGCUGAGCCUUCAUCCACUGCAACAGGGGAAGAGCCUGCAGUCGAGGAUGGUGUUCUGUCUGCUGCCACCAAGAAGGAAGCUGAGAUUCAUACUGAAAGAAAAGCUGGCCACUACCAGGACGGGGUUCCUCCAACCUCCACAGCACGGCUCGACUCAUUACCAGUAGCAGAGUUAUACAGGCAUCAUCUCCUUAAGACUAUUGAGAAAACGGAUAAAGAAAUCACGUAUUUGGACCGCCAAAUCAAGAAAGCGGACCUAGAAAUUCUUAUACUGGAGCGCCAGUUGAGGGAAUAAAGAAGACUGAAUGACUGAAUUAUUUAUUUUUUGGUGGAGAGACUUGUUGGGAGACUAUCCUUACAUCUGGGAUGUCUGCAAGGAGUUGCAGAGAACUCUUGCUUCAGUAGUGUCACAUGAUAUAUUGGUGGCUAGAUUGACCUUAUAGUGGAACUGGAACAAGAAUCUAUGAGCUGGUCAUCUGAACCUCAAGUCCCAGCUCAUGGCUGGGGGUAGUGGACCGCCCUCUGCGCUGCCCUUAGCUGGUAUUUAUGCAAUCAUCUUAUGACUCCUGUGAAUACAUUUGAGCACAGAGUGGUAGGAAUAACAUGCAGAGCUUUAGGUUUAAUAGUACAUCCAAAUAUGGAGCUCACACUAUCCAUGCGAGUUGUUUAGUGUGAUUUGUACUAUUAGUUAAAACCUUAUUACAUACUCAACAGUGGCAUUAUUAGGCACUAUAAUGCCUAAGAGUUGUUCUGGUGCCUUAGAACAACUCUGUUGUUCUAAGAGUUUUUUAACGCAAGUCAUAGCAGCAAAAUAACGCACUUAAGUCAUCUGGACAUGGUGAAGACGACUUGCUGAAGUUAAAACCAACCAUCAAAAUGGAGACUUUGAACGUGUUGUGUUAUGGUAUUUCAGAAACUUUUGCUGCUCCAUCGGGCCUUUGUUCUCUAAGGUUUACAGAGAACAGCACAAAACAGAGGAAACAUCAAGUGAGCAACAGUCGUGUGGAUAAAAAUGCCUUUUUGAGUUUAGCGGUUAAAGGCGAAUGGGCAAACUACUUAGAGGUGAUAGAAAGGCAACAGAAGCUCAAAUAAAACUUUGUCACUACCAAGCGGACAGAGCUUUUCUUUUCUGUUUUCUCUAAAAGUCUGGAGCUCCCUUCCUCUGACUCACAUCAGUUCUCUGUGACUUCCUUUGAAGGCCAGCUAAACACAUUUUUUUAAAUCCGAUUUUGUUUCGCUUUGUGUAUUUUUUUUUUUUUUGUUAU